CUCCUCUUCUGCUGGCGCACUGACGUCACGGAUCCCGCGCCUCUCGCCCCUCUACGCGCCUGCGCCGCUGGCGGAAGGUCGUCCCGGUGACCCGCCUGGGUUUCAGAGCUGCUGUCGCCAUGUUGUCUGUCGCUUCCCGCUCGGGCCCUUUUGCGCCGGUGUUGUCGGCCACGUCUCGCGGGGUGGCGGGCGCGCUGCGGCCUCUGGUGCAGGCCGCGCUGCCCGCCACCUCGGAGUCACCAGUGCUAGACGCGAAGCGGUCCUUCCUGUGCCGAGAGUCGCUGAGUGGCCAGGCCGCGGGCCGGCCUUUGGUUGCCUCCGUAGGCCUCAAUGUUCCUGCUUCUGUUCGUUAUUCGCACACGGAUAUCAGAGUGCCUGACUUCUCUGACUAUCGUCGCGCUGAAGUGUUAGAUAGUACAAAGUCCUCAAAAGAGAGCAGUGAUGCUAGAAAAGGUUUCUCCUAUUUGAUAACUGCAACGACUACUGUGGGUGUUGCAUAUGCUGCCAAGAAUGCCGUCUCCCAGUUUGUUUCCAGCAUGAGUGCUUCUGCUGAUGUGUUGGCCAUGUCGAAAAUUGAAAUCAAGUUAUCUGAUAUUCCAGAGGGCAAGAACAUGGCUUUCAAAUGGAGAGGCAAACCUCUGUUUGUGCGUCACAGAACCAAGAAGGAAAUUGACCAGGAGGCUGCAGUUGAAGUGUCCCAGUUGAGGGACCCACAGCAUGAUUUAGAACGAGUUAAGAAACCUGAAUGGGUUAUCUUGAUAGGUGUUUGUACUCAUCUUGGUUGUGUGCCCAUUGCAAAUGCAGGAGAUUUUGGUGGUUAUUACUGCCCCUGCCAUGGGUCACACUAUGAUGCAUCUGGCAGGAUCAGGAAGGGGCCUGCACCUCUCAACCUUGAAGUACCCACAUAUGAGUUCACCAGUGAUGAUUUAGUAAUUGUUGGUUAGAGACCUGGACUCAAGUCAUAGGCUUCUUUCAGUCUUUGUCUCACCGCAGAAGAGUUAUUUGAGAACAAACCUUCUGUUCUUAGAGUUAGUCGACUUGAAAUAUUUAAGAAUUGCUGAUAAUGUAUUUGCAAACAUGUGAAGUAAAUUGAAUAUGUUGCAAACUUUCAAGCAUUCACCUAAUAAAACCACUCUUAAACAUUGUUAUGCUCAGAGAUGUCAGAGGUGCAGUGUCUUUGAUAGCUAGUUCUAAUUAAAAACUUUAGACCAAUAUGUAAGAUAUGUGUGAAAUCUGUAAUUGGCUUUCUUAUUUAUUUACCUUUGUGUUAGGGCUAGAGAUUCUGCAGAGCUCAUGGUUAGGAUGAGGUAGAAUUAGCUGAUUAUCUCCAAGACCUGGGAGGUGUUUUAUUGACGCUGACAGAGACAAUAGCAUACAAGUUUACGUUCUAUUCUUUUCACACCUGGCUGUGUGUGGGAGACACAUCCUCCCCUUCCUUGCCCCUCUGCCCCGGGGAAAUCCGUAUGAAGACGUUGAAUGAUGUGUGGGGAGGGAAGAGUGGUGAAUGAAGUUUAGCUGCUCUGAGGGUUUGUUUAGCUCUAGCUCUGAUUUCCUGCCUAUGUGACAGGCCAAGAAAUGUUUUUAAUUUACUUAAUGGAAGUAAGUUAGCAAUUGGAAUUCUUCAGUUUUAAGAGGCUAUUAUUGUCUGAGAGAAGCUUUCCAAAAUGGGAUUGCUGUUGAUACUUCAUGUGGUAUGAAUAUUCAUGUCCCCACAGUUCCCGCAUCCACCCUGUCAGAAGGCAGAAAGGGGAUAGUGCCCCAGACUCUUGGUACUGUCUUCAUUGAAAAUGAUCCUGCUGUGUUUUUAUUUUUGUUUGUCUUUUUAGGGCCAUACUUGGCGGCAUACGGAGGUUCCCAGGCUAGGGAUCGAAUUGGACCUGUAGCUGUGGGGCGAUAGCACAGCCACAGCAAUGUGAGAUCCAAGCCGUGCCUACGACCUGCACCACAGCUCAUGGGGCAACACCAGAUCCUUAACCCACUGAGCAAGACCAGGAAUUGAACCUGUGUCCUCAUGGAUCAUAGUUAGAUUCAUUUCUGCUGAGCCAUGGUGGGAUGGGAACUCCUGGUUUUGUUUUUUUGAUGAUUAUAUUUUGAGGUGUUUCUUUUUUUCAGUCACCGCUUUUCUCUGUGAAGUGAGAGUGGCACAGGGAGACGUGGUAGAAUCUUUUAACAUCCUCUUUCUGCCUCAUGCCUCCAGUUACACAGGUGAAACAAGACCAAGGUCUGAUAUUCUCCCUGGGAACUGGGUGUGAGCUCUACGCUUUGUUGAGAAUUACAGCUGUCUUGGAGUUCCCGUCGUGGCUGAAUGGUUAACGAAUCCGACUAGGAACCAUGAGGUUGCAGUUCAAUCCCUGGCCUUGCUCAGUGGGUUAAGGAUCUGGUAUUGCCGUGAGCUGUGGUGUAGGUCUCGGAUGCGGCUCAGAUCCUGCGUGGCUGUGGCUAUGGCGAAGGCCGGUGGCUACAGCUCUGAUUAGACCCCUAGCCUGGGAACCUCCAUAUGCUGUGGGUGUGGCCCUAGAAAAGGCAAAAAGACAAAAAAAAAACCCAAAAAGAAUUACAGCUGUCUUGAGAGAUAGGUCUGUCUUUGCCAUUUGGAGGUGGGUUAGUAAGGUUCCCUGGAUUCACUUUGUGAUCACACGUGCAUUUGUAAAACAGCAAGUGAGAUGAAGUGAUUGGGUCUUCCAGAGGGAACUGGCCCUCCAGGUUUCCAGUCCUUAAAAUCAGUAGCCAAGUGUAUCAAAGAAGAAAAUGUCAAAGUUUCCAGGCUUAUGAGGAGGUAUUAAUCUUUGGUUCAUUUUUAGCAUUUUAGAAAGAAAAUUAGCUGGUAUGAUAAAUGGGGCACUAAAAACUAGUAUUUUGUUUUAGUUCACAUAAUGACAUUUUAGGUUCAGGUAUUUAGGUAUGUGACAAAAAAUGCCAAACAUUGCUAUUUUACUACUCUUUGAUAUGUUCUCUCUUUUAAAUGGAAGACCUGAUCAUUUCAGCAUAUGUAGAUUACCAAGGAAAAGUUGGUAUUGUUUGAUUUAAAAGUAGUGAAAUUGUAUCAUGUAUGAGCAAUUUAUGUAUGUGGUAUUUGUUGUUAUUUUUUGGAGCAUCUCCCAUAUUUUUUUUACCCUGACUAUAUCAUGAGGCCAAGAGAAGUUGGUAUAUAUUUCUUGCCUAUUUUGCUUGUUUAUCAUGUGGUGAAGAUUCUGUGUUUCUAGUAUUUAUGGGGAAAAUCAUCUUACGCUUUUUUGUCUACUCAUGCUACUUUUUAAUGGUGCCAGUUGCCCACAGCUUACUGUUUAAAACUAUACCAAUACAUCUGUUUUAAAAAGCUGACAAA